AUGAGCGAGGAAAUCGAUACGACAUUGGCUGUAGCGCGGUUUGCUCCAGUGCUGAAUGUUCUUGAGAUGACAUUUUGCCGGGCCUUCCAGUCCUUGCCCGGAUGUGUUCUCACCGACAUCUUUGGGCCUGGAGACUACUCGGAUGUCGGUUUGAACAACUUGCCGCCCUCAUUCGAAGGCCGUAAUGUCCCGGCCCAUUUACGAACCAAGAACACAGGGUACCAUCGACAGUCUCCCGAUGUUGAUAUCGCGAGUUUCCCUGAUGCGAGAAAGAAGCAACUGCUUGACAAGCGAAACACCCUGCGCCGCCCUGCGGCCCUAUUGAAAGCAGACUAUCUACAAGCCAUGGAGCAAGUAGCCGAAGAAGCCAACCUGAGUCUCAAAGGCUUUUUCCAUUUCUCUGAGUCAUUGGAAAAGGUGUCCAAGGUUCUAAUCGCGAGCCCCCAACCCCUUGUGGCAGCUUUCAGACAGAAGGUCGACGAAUUGCGACAGCUCAGGGAUGUUUUGGGGCUCGCACAGGCUCUUACGAGUCAAAAGCUCAAAUAUACCUCAUGGGAGAAUGCGUGCUUCUUUGCGGCCCUGUUCGCACAACGCCGCAGAGAAAAGGAUGAGAACGCAGAGCCCUUGACGGCGUUAUCCCUGUGCCUCGUUUAUCGCGACUGGCUGCACUACCGCGGCUUUGUGAACGAUGAGGACAUUCAAGAGCUCGAGCGGAUAUUCGGGGAUCUUACACUGGCACUGCUGUGGAUAACCGGGUUCUUGGCCAAUAGGUCAAAACGAUGCGAUGGGUCGGACCUCAUGUGCGACCGCGGUUAUCGCGGAAAAUAUGGCCUCGAGGCUUAUAGAAAGACAAAAGAGCUGUUUGAUCGGAUCUACGAGAAGCGACUCGCUGCCGUUGGCGUCUUCUAUGGGAGACAAGAGGAAGCCGACAUCCGCGAAGCAUUGCAGGAUGCAGAUCUUGCUAUGACCAAAGACGGCAUAUGGAUUAGUCGGUGUUAUGACUGCGAUGAUGGGGUCAUCGCAGAGGGUGUCACAGAAGGUGUUGCGAUGGAUAUCACAGACAAUAUCGUAGAGGAUGAUGCAGAGGAUCCUGCGGAGGAUGGCGAUUGGGAUAUCCGGAAGGAUAUCGCUGAGGAUGUGAUCGUCAGACUCGUCGGCGAUCUAGACCUGAACGCUGGGGCUUACAGCGACGAAGGAAACGACCACAACUUGGAAUUCACUUGCCGAAACGACAGCCUUCGAUUCAAAUAG